AUGCAGCCUGCAGAUACCAAGUUCACUGCCAAGCUGCUAGCCCUGGAUGCGGAAGGUUGCAGGCUCAGGCGACUCACACCCGAGCAGGUCGUGGCCAGGCGGAAGCUGGCAAGGGAGUUCCGAUGUGGACCCGAAGUGAAGUUGGAGGUCACCAGUCGAAUGCAGACGGUUGAACUCACGACGUGCGAUCCGCGUUUUUGGACCGAAGAUGACGAAGGUGUUCAGAGGGGCUUGAUCGUAAUAUGCGCGGUGGUGAUGAACUCCAUCCUUGGCCGAGGAUCCUGGGCUCUGGCAGGUUAUGCUGUGUUGGACGUGGCCGGCAAGAGCAAGGCCGAGGAGGCCUUCAUUGAACAUGCCCGCAAAGCGAACCGAUGGCUGCUGGAGUGGGAGGGCACCUAUCGAAACUUGGGCUUGAGCGCAGGCAGGGUGAUCCGGCGUGGGCGACGAAGGUUGUUGGAGGAUAUCGCCCAUGUGGUGGAUGCGGGCUUCUCGAAGUGGGCAAGAGACGCGUUCGCCAAGAUUAUCAGCACAAGCACAAUCUCCUUUAUCCUGCCCGUGUCGGAAGCCUUUGGGAAUUUCGAGCUUACCCUUGGUGAUUCAAUUAGGGCUGCGCCUGUCAUCAUCCAAGCCGGGAGCAUGCUGGAUGCCUCCUUGCAGGACCUGAGCAGGGAGGUGGCUGAGAUGUUGCCGGAACCUGCCUGCAGCCACCAAAUGCUGGAUUCUGCUGUCAGCCUGGCGUUGCAGGAGUCAGCUCUACCGCAAUCACGCUUGCUGAUGGCGCGCUAUACCGAGAAGUCUCUGCGUGCAGAUUCGCCAAGUGAUGCGACUUGGGUUCAUGAGAUGCUCGAUGCUAUUGGCAGCUUGACCGUGGAGGAGUCAACUCCACCGCAAUCACGACUGCUCAUGGCGCACUUUCCCGAGAAGUCUUUGCUUGCAGAUUGGUCACCUGAUGCGACUUGGGUUCAUGAGAUGCUCGAUGCUAUUGGCAGCUUGACCGUGCAGGAGUCAACUCUACCGCAAUCACGACUGCUCAUGGCGCACUUUCCCGAGAAGUCUCUACGUGCAGAUUGGUCACCUGAUGCGACUUGGGUUCAUGAGAUGCUCGAUGCUAUUGGCAGCUUGACCGUGCAGGAGUCAACUCUACCGCAAUCACGACUGCUCAUGGCGCACUUUCCCGAGAAGUCUCUGCGUGCAGAUUGGUCACGUGAUGCGACUUGGGUUCAUGAGAUGCUCGAUGCUAUUGGCAGCUUGACCGUGCAGGAGUCAACUCUACCGCAAUCACGACUGCUCAUGGCGCACUUUCCCGAGAAGUCUCUGCGUGCAGAUUGGUCACCUGAUGCGACUUGGGUUCAUGAGAUGCUCGAUGCUAUUGGCAGCUUGACCGUGCAGGAGUCAACUCUACCGCAAGCACGACUGCUCAUGGCGCACUUUCCCGAGAAGUCUCUGCGUGCAGAUUGGCCAAGUGAUGCGACUUGGGUUCAUGAGAUGCUUGAUGCAACUGGCAGCCUGUCUGUGCAGGAGUCAACUCUACCGCAGUCACGAUUGCUGAGUUUACCUUGUUCAGAGAACAUGUUGCAAGCUCAUUGGUUGCCGGUUGUGAAUUGGGUUCACGAGAUGUUGGACUCUGCCUCCAGCGUGACUGUAAAGGAGUCAAGUCUGACAGGACUACGGCCAUUGGCUGCGCAGUACGCUGAAGACUUCCUUCAAGUAGCUUGCCCAAGUGAUGCGAGUUGGGUUCAUGAGAUGGUGGAUGCGAAAGGCAGCUUCACUGCGGUGGAGUCGAAGCUUCCAGGGUUUCGAAGAUUGGAAGCAAGGCAUGUAGAGCUCCUUGCGCCGGAUUCGUAUCUUUGGGUCGUGGCCGAAACCGGCCGUGCUGACUUUGGGCAGGCAACCGACGAGGCCCUCCUAAACAACAUGGCGACGGGCCGGGCUUUCACUCGGAAGGGAGUGAUUCUGAAGGGGGAUGAGGAGGUCUUCGUCGAGCGUGUCAGAAUUUGGACAGCCUUGGAGCGCCGUGGUCUCGCAGCGCAGAAGGGGGGAUUUCUCACGGUUGCGGCCAAGGCCAGCUUGUGCAGUGCAAACUUGAAGAGUCCCUUGACUUCUGAAACAUUUGUAGAGCUAGACUAG